AUGCGCGCCCUCGCCAUCGUCGCCGCUGUUGUCUCUGUGGGUAGGCUUGUCCGUGCUGCCCCACCUCCCACUGUGCACCGCGGGCCAUCCCAGCCGGGCACAAGUACGCUGAGCGUCGAGCCCACGGACUCGCAAGCCGAGGCAUUGGUUUCUGGAGCUGUCCUCGCCGCCAUCCAAGUUCCACUAGCGACAUCGGACUCGAGCUCCGCCAAGCCGAGGACAACGAGCGGCAAGGACUUGGGCAGUGCGUCCCCUGCCGCCUCAACGGACGCUUCAGCUGUCACCGGCGCACCAGCUGUUGGUGGUGGAGGUACAACGACGACAACGACCGUGGUCGUCGUCACCGCCACGGAGAUUGCGCCAGAGGCGAACGCUCCAGCGCCCGGGUUGGCCAACGGCGCCACCAUCUACUAUCCCACAGCAAGCUCCUUCUGGGUCGCAGAUGCACUCUCGGUUGUGCGGUGGGCACCGGCUUUGAACGUACCCACCAACUUGUGGUUGGCAAACAACGACACGAGUCUGCUGGCAUACACGUACACGCUGAGCACCGACAUUUACAAGGGUGUAACCGACCUGGCCGUCAGCUUGACAUUACCGAAACCGGGGCCAGGAUACACAUUGAUGCUUGUGGACACGGGCAACAACACGGUAUACGCUACGUCUGAGCUGUUCGAGCUUAAGAAGGCCGGGAGCUCUGUCCAGCUUCCAGCGGGAUACACUGCUGCGUCGGCGACGGCGGACAUUACGGACGGGCUCACUGCCAGCAGCCUGACAAGCGUCGCGGGCCGGCGAUGGGGUGCGCCAAGCUGGGUGCCGUGGGCGUCGUGGGCGGCGGGCGGGGUGCUGGCGCUGGCGCUCUGA